GCCGGGCGGCGUGGGGGAUGUAGCGCUCAGCACCGCGGACAGCGGCGGGGCCGGCUGGGGGCUGACCGUGGGUCCGGGGGCCAUGGCCGGCCUGCAGCAGGGCGAGAAGCAGCUCUUCGAGAAGUUCUGGAGAGGCACCUUCAAAGCCGUGGCCACACCGCGACCCGAGAGCAUCAUCGUGGCCAGUAUCACCGCCCGCAAGCCGCUGCCCAGUGGGACGCUCAGCUGCCUGCCGUACCCUGCAGAGGACAGACGUCCCGAGAAGCUGAGCAGCUGCGUGGUCAGGGAGCCCUCCAGCACCAAUGGCUGUGCGAAGGGGAGGGAGAGAUGGGACCAUGCUCACCGCAGGUCACGCAGCCCAUCGUGUGGUGGGGAGCGGCCGCUUCUGGCUCGGGGGAAGAAGAAGAAAAAGAAGUCUGGCCGCAAGAAGCGAAGGAGGUCUCCCUCCUACAGCCCUUCACCUGUGAAGAAGAAGAAGAAGAAAAGCUCCAAGAAGCGAAAAAGAAACAGGUUAUCGUCAAAGAAGAGAAGGCACAGUUCUUCAAGCCCCAAAAGUAAGAGAAAGGAAGAAAGAAAACACAAAAAACACUCUCGUGGGCGCACCCGGAAAUCCCAUCGGCAUCGCCGCUGCCACUCUCGCUCGGAGAGCUCCGACUCCCACUCCCCCAGCUGCCGGAGCAGACACAGAGCCAGGUCUCGGGAGGAAGGGCGUAAAACAUGGCGAAGACACUCCUGGCACCACUCAAAGAUCACGGCAAAGAGAAGCUCCUCUGCAGAGGUUCAGGCCAGUCAAAAAGCCAGCCAAACCCUCCCACUCUACAACUUCCUGUCUUCUAAGGAAGUAAUCUCUCAGUCAGGGUCUUCUGCUGACCUCUUUACCAAAACAGACAGCCCGCCUGGCAACCUAGACAGCCAGAAUGGAGAGUAUCAUGAAUAUGACUCAGGAAACGAUACUUCCUCCCCUCCCUCCACUCAAACGAGCUCAUCCAGGUCAAAGGACAGCCAGGAGAAAAGAAGUCUAGUCCAUGAUGGCUUUGGCCAUGCCUUCUCGUCCGGGAAGCCCAAACUGGCCAACAGCGAUAACAGCUCUGAUUCAGGAAAUUCCUUCACCAGUUGCUUUUCCCAGACCAAGGGAACAGCUUUGGAAAAUCUGUCUCCAGAUGCCCAGGGACAAGACCGAAGAGCGUGCCUGUCCUCAUGUCUCAGUUAUUCAGAGGAGAAGAAGCAAAACUUCCUCCCAUCCCCAUCCCACAGCUCCCCGCUCAGGCCUGGCUCUCGCAGCGAGUCCCACACCAGCACGGGCAGAUCCUCCCCUCGCUCCAGCCGCUCCCGCUCUUCACACCACACCUCUCCCAGGUACUCCCGAAGCAGGUCCUGCUCCUCGGGAAAGAGGUCUUUCUCACGUUCCCCCAGCUAUUCCUCCAAAUCCUGCAAAAAAAGUCCUGGGAGUAGAAGUUCAAGGCCUCGGCGGAGCCCCAGUUACUUCCGCUACAGCCAUAGCAGGGACCGCGAGCGGGAGCACAAGCACAGCUCCAGUGAGAAGGAAUCGCACCGGGAUCGCGAGCGGCAGCGGCGGCGCCGCUCCUAUUCCCCCCUAAGGAAACGCCGGAGAGACUCUCCCAGCCACCUCGAAGCUCGGCGCAUCACAAGUGCCCGCAAACGCCCCAUUCCCUACUACCGUCCCAGCCCCUCCUCCUCCAGCAGCGCCAGCAGCUAUUCUUCCUGGGACAGCAGCUUUAGCCGCUCCCCGAGCCGCAGCCGGAGCUACUCCAGCUACCGGACGAGUCGGAGCCGAAGCUGGAGCAGCAGCAGCAGCGCCGACGGCAGGAGUCGCAGCCGGAGCUCGGGCCCCAGGAGCAGCCGCAGCAGGAGCAGGAGCUAUGACUCAGGAGCCAGCUCCGACAGCCUGCGUCGUUAGGGAGUGCCACUGCUGGCUGACACCGGGUGCCGGCGUCACUGCCACAUUCCUGGCAUUCUCCGCUUCCUUCCCACCUAACUGGCCAUCGAUAGCGAUCAUCCCCGAUACUGACGUGGUGGCGUUGCCGGGUCCCCCUUCCCCGGUUCAGAGUAAGAGCCCUGGAGCGCCUGGUGCAGCCCCUUCGCCCCAGCGUGGAGUGGGUGGAUCAGUCCCAGCUCCCCAGGCCAGGCUGUAAGAAGGGUCGGUGCUUUAUAGAGGGUCUGUCACGAAAGACCUGUUCCAUCCUCCCUGAUGCUCCUAUCUCCCCAUUGCUGCUGCUCUCCAAAGCACUGUCAGUGGGUCCAAAGAAAUGAAUUCUGCUCCUCGCUCUUCUGACAAACCAGGAACCAACAAAUUUAACUUCUGUUGGAGGGACAGACCCAGUUAGGGAGGAGUCUGCUGGAAAGCUUCGCUGAUGGGGGAGAUGUCUGUCCCCACCAAGGCAAAUAUCAGGCCCUUUGGGUCUCUCCUCCAGACCUGCUGCCCACUCUGCAGAGAAAAUAUUUAUUUUUUUCCAGUCAGCCAGUCCCUGCUAUAAAUAGAAGGCUAGAAAUCCCUCCUGACGUACUUCCUGGGAAAAAAAAGGCUGUUUGCUCUUUCUCCUGCCCUUUCCUACCAGGUAGCAGCACCUUUUGCAGGAUUGUUUUAUCCCCCCAGCACUGACUGGCUUGCAAACAAUCUGCUGAGGUCUGAAUCAGACCUGGGACUGGUGGGGUAUAAGGCAGAGGGAAGGUGGUGCCGUGCUGUGCUCUGAGAGCCAGGCCACGUGUGGGAGACAGGGGCCAUGGGCUUCCAUUCUCGGAGGAAGCCUCAAACAGUUUGGGUUUAGGGUUUUUUUUCAGGGAGCGUUGCCCUUGGAGUGCAUUGCUGGUGGGACCAGAGAGAGAUGCAGAGAUAGCCCAGUUAUGGGGUGCAGUCAGAACACACAGGGUUAAAAAGGCAUUGCAAGAGCCAGGGGACUCCAAUUCCCCUUCCUCAAAACAUGCAGCAAUUUCAAGCAAGAUUGCAGGAAAUCAUUCCUCCUUGAGCCCCUCUAGCUGCCUUGGGGCAGGAUCAGCAGCACAGUUGCAGGGCCAGUGCCGGGCUGUAGCAGGCUGCACUCAUGCCCCAGUUUGUUACUGGGAGGCCGGAGCAGUGCAGGGGGACAGGAAGGGCCCCUCACUAAUUGCCUGUUUUUCCAGGGAGCCACAGGCUGCCCUGGGCCGUGGGGUUUUGUCUCCCUGCCAGCCCAGCUGCCUGCGCAAUUACUGUGUUUUGCCGGGUAACAAAGGCUUCUCCCAGCACAGGCUGAGCUGGUGCUGAGGAGUUUAUUUCUCUUACAACACCUGGGUGCUUAGAGACGCUAAUUUGGACUUAAGACUUCCCUCCCUCCCUCCCUUUUUCCAUCCCCUCCCCUUCCAUCCUGCAUGAUUAUUAACGAGUUUGGGCUUAAUGAGUCAAGGAGGAGUGUUGUUUAAGUGUUACAGAAAAGGGCUGAGUGGAGCCACCAUCUGCGGGAGGAGAGGGGGUAGAAAGGAAUCCAACCCACCCCCCACCGGUGCCCCCCUCCCCUCCCCCCCCCCCCCCCCCCCCAAAAUCUAAAGAGUUACCUACAGGCCCCUGGCAGCUGGAAAAGGGACAAAGCAGCAACUGGAGAAAGGCCAAGUGCCACGAGCUGCUGUGGUGGAAAUGGAUGAUCACCUCAGCAAGCCUAUAAAUCUGUUAUCUGUUGGAAAGUACAGCAGCGCAGGCUGGAAUUCCAUCUGGGUGGUACAAGAGGAAGUUUUGUCAGGGACCUCUUUCCCAGUAUCCUUCCUGGUGCUGGUCCCCUUUGUCCUGUGCCUUCAAUGGCCAAAGCUCCCCUUUUUCCCAGAGCCUCAUCCCCUGCCUUGCACUCUUCAGGCAAUGUGGGGAUGAGGGUGGCUGAGGCAGAGAGCUGGGCACUGGUAUGGUUGGUGGCUUAGUGGGGAUGUGUCCAUCUUCUGGAAAGACCCUUUCUAGGACACAGAGAGAAGCAUUCCUGGUAGGGCUGGGCAAAUGCUCCAGGGCUGUGGUUGAGGGAUCAAAGACAGGAUGCCACUGCCUUCCGUCCUGUGCUGGACCUAACAGCAGCACCUUGGCCACCUUCUGCAGUGAACUCCCUCUCAAAAGGGCUGAAAACCUCAUGCUUCUUCCCCAAAGAGUCUCUCCCAGUCUGAUGCUGAAACACCCCAUCCUUCUGCUCCCUGGGAAGAACCAAAGGCAGUGAUGGGAACCCAGAUCUACCCAGCUCUGCCAGUGUUUCAGGAGCGGCCUCCUGCCCCUUAGCACCCCGUAAUGCACACGUGGAGCUGUAGCAAGGAAGCAGCAAGAUCCAACACUAGGAAGGAAAAGAAGAGGGGCUUUGUGCAACUGGUGUAAAUACCGAACUCACACUGACUGGAGUCCUUGUGGCUGGGGACAGAUGAUGGAAGCACCACACCAGGGUUAGCAGCAUCCACCCCCUGUGGGUCAGGAGAUGACCCCGAGGGCUGAAUAGGGCUGAUGGCAGCUCCUGCACCCUUCGAGCUGAUCCCCAUGUCAAGGACUGCCUCUGCCUGUACAGUCUGUGGCAGCUUAACGCUCCUGGGGUUUCCCAAGCAGACUUGCAUUGGAGUAAACCUCUUUAAAUUAUUUAUUUUAUUAUUAUUAUUAUUAUUAUUAUUAUAUUUUUAAUUGUAUGCCAGAAUGCACCAGUAUUUAUUUAUUUAUUUAUUCGAUUUUUUUCCCCCCUAACGUGGUUUUUGGAUCUGUUUGUUUGUUCAAAUGCAUCCAUGCCGCUGGUCUCGUGUAAAGGUUUACAGCUCUGGCCCCUCUCAGUGAGGUGGCUGGAGGAGUGACAGUCACUCCUGCUGGCACUGUUUCCCUCUUCGCCCUCCGGAGCAGAGCGGAGAGCACGGGAUGGACAACAGGACGCAGGGCAGAGCUGUGUGUUAUCAUGUUGAAAUCUCGGGUUUCUCAUUAGAUUUGUGCAGGAAUGUGGUGGGUGUGACCAUAGAAAAGGGUCUAGGACGUGUCGGAGGUGACGGCAAGGGUCUGCUGGCCGGCCGAGCGCGGGGCGUUGGCAGUGCCACCAGGGAAGUGUCGCCUGCGCGCUCCGGCCGGGUGCCAGCUGGCCAUGCGCUGUUUGCCUUGGCUCCGCCGCCAGCGCUCAGCCCGAAACCCAGCACAGCCACCGCCGCUUUCCCUGGGAGGAUGCCGUCGCCAGGACUCCCCUGCCGUGUUUAUCCCUGCACAGUGACCUACCCAUGGGAAAACUAAAGAGAUGAGACUGUGAGAGAGUGAUCCCUGCAGAAGGUCCUUGAAAAAUCCAGCCUCUGGUGACGGACCUGACCAAGUCUGUGUGUGUGUGUAUGUGCUCAUGUGCAUAUACAUGUGAGUUUCCCUCGGUGUUAUUUUUUAACUUGUAUUUUUAGUACAAGCUUUAGUACACCCUCCCUGUUAGUGGAUGACUGGAUUUUCUGUGGGUUUGCGUGAAGCCUGUGAGCUUUUCUGUCGUGCCUUUUGCCAGUGGUUUGUUUUGUUUUGUUUUGUUUUUGCUUUUUUUAAAAUGUUGUUUCUCUCAUUCACUGCUUUUAUGGAUUUUAGCUCUGCAUCCAAUAUCUCAGAUUGCUGCAGGUGCUCUCUGCAAAGAGCAGGUUCACCUGGUGGAAAGGCAGCUUGGUCUUUUUGGUGUUGGUGAAUCACUGCUGUGGUCAGACACACAAGGGGUGUUCAGGGCUGGCCACAACAUCAGGAUAAUAUCUUGGCUGUUUUUUGGAAGCCCUGUCUCACACUCAAAGGCUCUUUCCCACCCAUAAUUUUGAUUCAUCCCACAAGCAUCCCUGCUGCCUUUCCCUGGCCAAGCACAUGUCACAGCACCUACUCCUCGACCCCAGAGCCAUCAACUCUCCCCAUUCACUGCAUCUGUUUGUCGCACUAAGGGAGGCUUGUCCCACCUCUCCCAACCGCAGGCUCCAGAAAAUCUAACACCAUUUCUGCAGAUUUGCUGGGAAGCAAAGAUAAGGGAUGCUUCAAAGCACUGCUCUGUUCUUUCUUCAUUGGUUGCAGCACUCGGCUGAGCUUUGCUUUAUGUUGACUGCAAUUCUAUCAAUGUUUUUGUUGUUUUGGGGACUGAAUUUGUACCAAACUUGUCUGCAACAGCCAACCACUGUUAUUUUGCUAUGCAUUGUACAUAUAUUGAACAGGCUGAAAGGACUUGGCCUCUAUUUAAUAUUUAUUUCUUCUAUUUAUUAAGCAUUACUUUAAAAAAAGCUAUUUGGGUCGUGCUGUUUGGUCCAUGAAGGCAGGAGCCUUUGAAGUGUUGCCAGAUAUGUUGGAGAGAGGAAGGCAAAUUGGGCUCAUUUGGACCUCACCACCAGUAUUUAGAGAGGAACAUCAUUGUGAUGGGGAUGGUCAAGGCAGGGGAAAACUCACCAUCUCCUUGAACCAGCUUCUGUUGACAAAUCACAUCCCCCUGGAAAGGUGUGGGGAGUUCAGAGGUGACAGAACAGUUCUGGUGGAGGAAUAACCCUGCUCCUCUUCCUCUGCCACAUGGCAUAGGGCUGCCAUCACCAAAAAUCCCUGGAGUUCUCUGAUCUUCCACUGCUGGGGGAUGGGGACACUUCUCAUGCUUUGCAUCAGUGAUGAGGAAGGGGAUAGGAUUGAAGUGACUGGCCAUGGUCUCCACCAGGAAGCAAGGAUGUCCACCCUGCCCCAUCCUGAGAUCCUCAUGCCAUGUCCUGCUUUGCCCCGUUCCCCAAGCUUUGUGCCAGAGCCGGUAGCUUUGCCCUGAUGUGAGCUCAGUAGCCAGGGCAGGACUGGGGAGGCCUCCCCUGUUGUCUCCAAUACCAGCAGAGUUUGCUGCAGGCAUCCUCUCCCAGCUUUGAGAAGAGCAUGAGAUGUGCUAAAAAUCCCACCCUGCCCCAGUGUUGCUCCACCAACGCCACAGCCAUUGUUCUGCUCGCUCGAGUGAGAGGUGUUUGUACUCCUUGGGCAGAGCUGCCUGUGCUGGUGAAGUGUGGACACGGCUCCAGUAUCAGCAGGUGAGUGCCCAGCCCUGGGCUGCUCCCACAGACCUGUCUGGGAGCUGCUGGGUGCUUAGCCUCAGGGCUGUUGGGGUAUUGGUUUGAGAAAGGGACAGGUUCAGGUUUGCCCUUUAGUGUCCAGUGGGGUUUUAUUACUUCUUCACCAGAGAAUAAAUAAUUCUUAUGACUUUGCUGCUACCUGGCAGUUUGGACAUGACUAGGAGUGUCUCCAAAGCAACAGUGUCAUGGUCAAGCAUCCCUGCUUUUGGGCUAUUGCCUAGAGAACAACACCCUCACCAGCCCAGAGCAGCUCUCCACCAUUGAAACCUGGGGAAUGAGAAGAAGAUUUAGAACAAAAGUUAAGUUGUGAGAAAAGCCACGAGGGAAACAAGGGUGUCUCUGUUCUCUGCCUAUUGGCUGAUUCCACCCUAAAUGACACCGGUGCAUCUGUUCGUUUGAGUUCAUUGUAAAGCUCCCCUUGCUGUCCAUCCACAUGCGUUCUGUAUCCUUUAGUCUUCCUGGGUGUUUGAGUUGUUAGCCUGGUUAGAAAAAGGUUCCAAUAAAGGUUCGGACAGUA